AUGAAUCCUGGAGAUCACAUACAAAACCACUUGCCUAUUUUUAUCAUCUUAGUCCUGGAGAUGAGCAUCGGCGCGCUAUUGAACGUGUUUAUUGUAUUCGCCGUGUAUCGCGAUUUUAUCAAGGCAAAGAAAUUAAGCGGCAGCUACAAGAUUUUGCUUAGUUUGGCCGUCUCCAAUGUGAGCUUUAGUAUGGUGAUGUCUGCUGGUUUGCUUGAUUAUUUCUGCAGCUUUAGAAUCUUCUCCAACGUUAAUGCAGCUUAUAUUUAUUUCUAUUUGUUGCUUUUUACUACCAGUUUAUGUGUGUGGUUUACGGCCAGUCUGGCCUUCUUCUAUUUCAUAAAAAUUUCCAAUUUUGAGUCAGGCUUUCUUUCCUGGGUGAAAAAGCAUAUUACCUCCGUUAUCCCAUGGAUGUUAUUGGGGGAUUUAUUGGUGUCUCUGGUCAACAGUCUUCUAAGCAGCUUGUACUUUGUUUUCUCUGGAACACUUUCUGGUAAUACCACCGAGGAUUCUCCAUCUAUGAUCUCUAUACUUUCUGAAUCAGGCCCGACAAUUAUCAACGCAUCAAUUAUUAAUACUAUCCUCCCUUUCUCCGUGAUGUUCACCGCAACAUUGUCCACCGUUCUGACCUUGAAGAAGCACAGAAGUACAAUGAAGGAUGUUCAAACUUCUGACCGCGAGGGUUGGAGGUCCUACGAGAAAGUUGUGUGCCGGAUGACAGAGUCCUUGUUUGUCUAUGGAAUAUUUUACACUUUGAUGAUCAUCUUCUAUUUUUCAGUCAUCAAAAAGAUGCAGUCUGGAUUUUUGUUUUUGCUUCUUGAUGAAAACACCUUCAUCCCAAUACAGUCUGUCCUCCUCAUUCUUGCUAACCCCAAGCUGAGGGCUAAUUGGAAGGGAAUUUUCUUCUGUGGCCAUCUUCAAGAUAUUGUAACCCCCCGGAAUCAACAAAGCUGA